UUCUAUAUAUUAUUCAAAUAUUUAUUCCAAUAUAUCUUAUAUCACCCAUAAAACAUGUUUUAGUACAUUGUUAUUUUCUAUAUAUUAUAUUAGGUCAACACGGACUGGAAAGCUUUCAAUACACACUUAAAGGAUGGUGUUAUGUUAUGCGUAUUAAUAAACAAAUUGCUAGAAGCUGAUGGUAAACGCCUUGAACAUUUCCAGAAGUUAGCAGUGACACCAUUUCUUGUAAUGAUAAAUAUUGAGAACUUUAACCAUGGAUGUAUGAACUAUGGUAUGGCAAAAGAGCUUACGUUUCAAACAGGUGAUUUAAUGGAUCUUAAAAAAGACCAGUUCAUCAAUGUAUUACGUUGCCUCCACAAUCUAGGGUUGAUUGCAAACUCGAAGCGAUAUCAGACAGCGUACUUAGGGGAAGUGCCGAUUACAACAGAAAUGGAUUACUUAACGUGAAUUUGAUCAAGUGAUCUUCAUAUUUCAAGUGACAUGAUCAAUAUCUCGCUAUAUAUUUCUGCCUUUUUUAUACCUUCAGUUACAUAUAUUUUUCAGCUGCACUUAUUUUGCAACUACAUCAAGAUGUAAACAAUUUUGUGAUGUUCUGUCUAGUACUUUAAUUUGUUACGUUUCCGUAGAAGCUACUGUUUCUAAUUAACCCUUAAUACUUUCUCUGUUUGUUAACCGGCCUUUCAUGUUAAUUAAAUUGCUUACAAAAAAGAUAUUCAUUUCA